ACUGUACUAUCAUUUUUAGUAUUUUUGACGUAUGCCAAGCAGUCUCCUUAUUUUUCUUCCUCUUAAUUUGUGAAUAAUCCGUGUGAAUUAAUUAAUGGGGCAUUAAUGAGAGAAUGAGGUGAUCAUGAAUAGUCUGGGACUGAGUCUGAUACUUAGAAUGGGGUGCUUGUGCUCCAAGGAAACAAUUACUGUCAACUCCACCAAGUACAGGGUUUUGGAACAUCUUGGAGAAGGGGGCUUCAGCACAGUUUAUCUAGUGGAAGAUAUCGAGAGUCACAAGAAAUAUGCGAUAAAAAAGAUAAUUUGUCAUGGGCCUGAGGAUCAGCAUGCGGCCGCCAAAGAGAUCGAGUGCCACUCAAUGCUGAGGCAUCCAAAUAUUAUUCCUCUAAUUGAUUCAGCUCAAAACGGACUCGCCGAUCCCCUCAUCAACUCAACAGGAGAAGUCCUGCUGGUUCUGCCUUACUAUCACAGGGGAACACUGGCCCAAGAAUUAGAGAGAAGAUCCAAGAACUCAAAUUACCUCACUCCCCUGGAGAUUCUCAAUCUAUUUCUUCAGAUUUGCGAGGGUGUUAGAGCCUUCCACGAGGUAAAACCUGAGCCCCUGGCACACAGAGACCUCAAGACGGCGAAUAUUGUAAUGGGAGAUGGCAUGACCCCAGUGAUAAUGGACCUGGGCUCUGUUGCUCCAGCUAGGGUCAAGGUUUGUGGGGCUCAGGAUGCUCAGUCCCUUCAGGAUGUAGCUGCCGAGAGGUGCUCAAUGCCCUACAGAGCACCAGAACUUUUCAACGUCGAAAGCUACUGUAUGGUAGAUGAGAGAACUGAUAUCUGGGCCCUCGGAUGUAUUCUCUACGCCCUUUGCUAUUUUAAAUCACCAUUUGAUGCUGUUUAUGAACGAGGAGACAGCGUCGCUCUUGCUGUGAUCAGUGCUAAUGUCACUUUUCCCGAAAACGCACCUUAUAGUGAGGAAAUGCAGAAUUUGAUUCUCUCGAUGUUAAAGACGAAUCCCAUGGAGAGACCCUAUAUUUAUAGUGUAAUUGAAAGUAUUCACGACGGAAUAGCGAAAAUCGAGGGACGUGUUUGAUCAGCAACAACAUUUUUUAUUAUUUACUAUUACACAUAUGUAGAAAAUUAAUAGAAAGAAAUUAAUUUUAUUCAUGGCAUGGAUAAUUCUUCAGUGGAUCUAUCAAACGCAUUUGAAAAUUUCAUCGCUGAGGGUUAUAAUUUCGAUGUUGAAUUGCGCUUUAAAUUAUUUUGUUUUCAAUUAUCCACUGAUUGCAUUAAUGCCACAAUUAUUAGAUCACUUACUCUAUUUGUAAAAGUACGUAAUUAAUGGAAAGAUAUUCUUUCCACAUUCCGACCAAAAUCAUUAAUAUUUUGUAAAGAGAAUUAUAAUGUGCAACGAAUCCAUCUGCAUUUAUUGUAUAUUGUAUAGAUAAUUCAACACACGUGUAUUAGCGACUGAUUAAACGAUUAAUCGACUCUUCGUAACGAUUGAAGAGAAACAUUUGGCAAUUAUCGGUGUAGAUUAUAUAUUCGAAGCAUUUAUUAAUGUAACUCAACAUUCCUAUGAAUUAUCAGUUAUUGUAAAAGAAAUAUUUUAAUAUGGAGUACGAGUAUUGUUAAAGAAAUCAGAGGGAUUUAUACCAUCGGAAAUAAAAAAGUGAAUAUGAAUUAAA